AUGGAAACUCUCGACAACACCGAAUGGGACGUGGUCAUUGUAGGCACUGGUCUACAACAGUCUCUCCUAGCCCUAGCUCUGUCGCGCUCGGAUAAGAAGAUUCUCCAUGUCGACGAGAAUGACUACUACGGUGGUACCGAGGCUGCAUUUAGCUUGCAGGAAGCUGAAGAAUGGGUUCAGCGCGUAAAUCAAGAUUCAUCGAAUGCUGCCUUCUCCGACGUCGCUAUCACGAAAGCCGAGACUGGCGCGGGAUCAUCAGCCAGCGCACUAUCCUUCUCGAGAUCAUACAGCCUCUCAUUGAGCCCCCAGCUCAUCUACGCGCGCUCAUCCCUGCUUGGUCACCUCGUCUCGUCCAGGGUGUAUCGCCAGCUUGAGUUUCUCGCUGUCGGUAGUUGGUGGGUGUACUCGGCAGAUGCACAGACCCGGGCGUCUGGCUCUCCUAAGGACUCAUCACAGCAUGGGAGAUUGGUCAAAGUACCGAAUGGCCGAGAGGAUGUCUUCCAGGAUCACGACCUGGACUUCAAGGCAAAGCGUUCUCUGAUGAAGUUCUUACGCUUCAUUGGCGGAUAUGAAGAGCAGGCCGAGGUCUGGGAAAGGGACCGACGACUUCCGUUCUCGACUUUCCUGUCCGAACAGUUCAAGGUUCCUGCACCCCUACAAGAAGCACUUGUGGCUCUUACACUGUCACCCAACGGCUCUGCUCAGACGACGACCGAGUACGCGCUACCCAGGAUCGCAAGGCACCUGCGAUCGAUCGGUGUCUUUGGUGCUGGUUUUGGGGCCGUCAUACCAAAGUGGGGUGGCUUGUCUGAGAUUAGCCAGGUGUCUUGCCGAGCCUGUGCUGUAGGGGGCGGUGUCUAUGUCCUUGGCAAAGGCAUAGCUUUCCCAGAUGACGCAGUACCAGAGACAACUGAAAGAGGUACAAAACUCUGCCUGAAAGACGGCGAAGUAAUCACCUCAAAGUGGAUUGUAGGUGGAAGCUCGUCGACAGCCCCUGAGGACAUGUACUGCAGAUCGAUGACUAUCGUAUCAUCAUCUCUGUCGCAUUUGUUUCCGCCCAUAGGCGAAGAAGCGCCAGCACCGGCCUCUGCUAUCGUGGUAUAUCCAUCUGGCUCGUUGCCGUCGGCAUCGCCAGUCCAGCAGCCUCCAGUCCAUGUUCUAGUGCACUCGAGCGAUACAGGCGAAUGUCCUCCAGGUCAAUGUGUAUUAUACGCUUCCACAUUGGCGCAUGAUGAUGGCUUCGAAUUGCUACAAAAGGCCGUUGAGUCUCUGCUUUCUGUUGUUGAAACCACACCGCGGUCAACGGUGCUCUGGUCAACCAGAUACAAACAACGACCUUGUUCUGGGACCGAGAUGCUGCCAUCUGGUCUUGACAACUUUGUUCGCUUCCCACCUUCCUCCAUGGAUCUCACCUUUGACGAUCAGGUACUUGAUAGCGUUAAAGAUGUGUGGCAAAAGAUUGCAGGGGAAGAUGCAGGCGAAUUCCUGGUCUUCCAAGAUAGGGAAGAUUACACAGAGGACGAAUAA